AUGUCCUGCUACGAUCAGUGCCUGCCAUGCCAGCCCUGCGGCCCGACCCCGCCGGCCAACAGCUCCAUCCUCAGCUCCUUCCCACAGAACACCGUUGUGGGUUCCUCCACCUCUGCUGCUGUUGGCAGCAUCCUCAGCUCUCAGGGAGUGCCCAUCUCCUCCGGGGGCUUUGACCUCUCCUGCAUCACCAGCCGCUACAGAUGUCAACCCUGCUAA